AUGGUUUCGAUAAGAAGAUACUUGCGCAUACCGAAUGAAUUAAAACCGUCUCAGAUCUUUAAACAAGAUUCUCUUUCUCCUAGUAAGAUUGGUCUUCAAAUAGUCCUUUUACAAAUUUUCUAUUAUACUACUGCUACCAUUCUUUUCUAUUGCUGGGGGAAACUAGCAGGUUACGAUCUAGAAAUCAAGAAUUGGCUUUUCUCUUGGGAGAACAUUGAGUUUACGAACGCUUAUGGUCUUUCACUAUCGCUGCUGUGGCUUUUGGACUCAUUAGUAUGUGUCUUCUUUUUGACAGUUAUUGUUGGUAGAAGCAAACUGGCAUGGGACUUUGCCAUUACCAUACACGCCAUUAAUUUUAUAGUGGUAUCUUUCUACACGUGGGAAUUACCUUCCUUUUCGUGGUUUUUCCUUCAAGUUUUGUCAUCAUUAAUACUGAUAUUUUUGGGAACAUGGACGACGAGGUGGAAAGAGCUUAGAGACACUUUUUUCGAGGGUUUAGUUGACUCUAACGAGGGACAAAGCCAACCGACCGCAUCAAGUCAAGAGCAUAGUGAUCACACACUACUAGGCCAAUCACAAAUACAACUCAAAGAUUUAGAGAGUCAAAUAUAA